CUUUUUAUUACCCUUUUUUUACCCCUAAUUUUACUUUACUCUAUGAAAGAACUUCUUGCAAUAUGGAAGCACCACGACCGCCAUUACGUCCUAUUAGGCGACUUCUCAUCGCAAAUAGAGGCGAAAUCGCAAUCCGUAUCCUUACCUCAGCUCGCGAACUCAACAUUGAAACCUACACCCUUUACUCCCCUGGCGACACAUCUCACAGCCCGCGCUCCACCUACUCCCUUCCAAUUCCAUCUGCCUCCACCUACCUCGACAUUCCAGCCCUCAUUACACUCGUUAAAGCCAACAACAUAGAUGCUAUCCACCCCGGAUAUGGCUUUCUGUCAGAAUCCUCAGAAUUCGCACACCGGCUAUGGACGGAGGCAAACGCAGUUGUGAUUGGGCCAGGAUGGGAAACACUUGCAAGAACUGGCGAUAAACUCGCCGCGCGCCAAUUAGCAGAGGAAUCUGCUGUCCCCGUGCUACCCGGUCUACACACUCCAACAAAUAAUAUAGAAGAUCUAAGAAGUUUCGCGAGGCAAGUUGGAUGGCCGAUCAUCAUUAAAGCAGUUGAUGGGGGCGGAGGCCGAGGAAUCCGCAUCGUGAGGGAGGAAGCAGGUCUAGCAGAUCUGAUGGAGAGAGCAAUGAGAGAGAGUCCACAGGGAUUAUUGUUUGGUGAGAAAGCAGCUAUCGACGGCUUUAGGCACGUAGAAGUGCAAAUUGUGGGAGACGGGCAUGGAAAUAUACGACACCUGUGGGAGAGAGAAUGUUCGGUACAGAGGCGAUUCCAGAAGGUUGUCGAAUUUGCACCAAGCUCUAUUAGAAACAGAGAGGUAGUGGGUAGAGUUAUCGAUGCUGCAAUGCGGAUGGCAAAAAGAGUGGAUUAUCUCUCGCUCGGAACGUUCGAGUUCCUUGUCCACAGCUCGAAACCCGAAUUCUACUUUUUGGAAGUCAAUCCGAGACUCCAGGUUGAGCAUACCAUUACAGAGUCAUUGUGUCCUGGCCUUGAUCUUGUUAAAGUCCAACUCCAGGUUGCAAUGGGACAAUCACUAGAAAAGCUACUGUCACACAUUCCACGAGAUCCUCGCAUCCCACCAGCUCUCAACUCAAUGCAGCUCCGUAUCACUUCUGAAGACGCCUCGGCCGAUUGGUCGCUGAGCAUCGGAAAGAUCUCAUCAUUCACUUUACCAGCAGGAAAUGGAAUCAGAGUUGACACUCACAUCGUGCCUGGUCUAAUUGUUAAGACGGAUUUUGACAGCCUAUUGGCGAAGGUUAUUAUCACGACAUCCGGUUGGGAAGAUAUGAUAGCAAAGGCCAAACGAGCUUUAGAAGACACAAACAUCAGUGGAGUGACGACCACGCUUGAUGCCCUACGUGGCAUCAUUUCUCACCCUGAUUUUGAAGCUCAGAAUUGCGAUACUCAAUGGCUUGAGAAAACCCUGCCUCGAGUUCUAGAAGCUGGGAAAACAUUCACUGCCGCCCUCCCUAAGCCCAUUGCGUCUUCCACGACACCUUCAGGGGUUGGAUUUUCAACCGCAUCAACAGGUGUGCCCUUCCGCAAAGGAGAUGCGUGGUCCAUCUCUCUGUCACCAGAAGGCGCCAAAAACGAAUCUCCACCAGCCCACCUCCUGCUCACGAAGGUCUUACGCAAUGAAUUUCCAACCUCCCUAUCAGCCACUAUCCUCUUUACCCCGCCAUCCGGAACUCCGCAGCCCUAUACUAUUUCAUUGGCUUCAACGACAGCCUCAGCGGGCUCCCUGGCCUCAGGUUCUAAGCAUCGCCGUGGUGAUGCGAGCAACCCAAAUCACAUCAUAAUCCCGUUCCCAGGGCAGCUAGUGGAGAUUAUGGUCGAUGUAGGAGAUGUCAUUGCAAAGAAUGAUAUUAUCGCUGUUGUCAAGCAAAUGAAGAUGGAGCUCGAGAUCCGAGCAAGUAGAUCUGGGAUUGUGAGCUGGGUGUAUGAGGGCGAGGAAGAGGAUGAGGUUAGCGAAGGAGUGUUGGUGGCGGAAGUUGUGGAGGAGAUCUCGAACAGAGCCAAGUUGUGAUAUAAAUAGAGCUUCCAAAAUAUAUGUUUAAAGUUUAGCUAUCAGGGACAAAUAAUCUGGGCUCCUUAAUAUCAAAUGUAUGUUUGCGUUUUGGGUAUAUCAUCCUCAUGGCGGAC